UCGUUUCUCGAAUACUGCAUUCUGCAUUACUAACAUUUAUAAUUUAUAUAGCACCUACGUCCUACAUGACUGCAUACAUAUUUUAAUAUCUUCUUAAACGUUUAUUUCACAAAAGCGUUUGCUAACUUUUUUUUGUUGCUUUCAUAUGUCUAAAAAUUUAAAAUGAACAAAAUACACUUGACCAACAUUUCAAACAAUGAAAUAUUUACUUAUUCUACUAUUUUGAUUAAAGGAUCUGUUGACACACUCAAUGUAUCAAAUAUUAUACUUAAACAUUACUCAAACAAUGGUAAACAAUUAGCAGAAUCUAGCUGGGCAGUUAAUAAAAAUAAAUUUAAAAUAAUAAUAGAAUUAAAAGUUGGYGAUAAUAUGUUGGUUUUUAAAUUCGCCAAUGAAGUCCUACAUACAAAAUUAGUAUACAAACAAAGAGUUACUAACUAUACUGUGUGUCCGGUUUAUGUAAUUUGUGCUGAUCAUGAUGGUAGAUUCCAGGCCCCUGUAGAUCAUGAUAAUUCUGUUCAAAACGCUUGCACUAAAAUAACAUUAUGCUCCAAAUUAAUUCAAAUGUUGACAGCUGAAAAAAUGUAUGAAAAAGGCUUUGGAAAGAAAACAUUUAAAGUUGAAAAAGAAUGCCGUAUAAUUAAAAGUUCUUUAACAAGACGUACAGUAUUUAAUAUGCAUCCUGAAAAAUUAUGGGAAUAUAUUGCCAGAGAGUUAACUACUGGCCAAAGUUCUAAAAAUCAAAAAUAUUUAGCUUUCCUAUCAUGUACUUAUUGGGAUGGACAGAAUUUACAUGGUCAUGUUGCAUUGGGUGGUGGUGGACUGGCAUUAUUUGGAACAGGUUGCCUUUACACUUGGCCUAGUAAGCUAGAGGAAGUUUUACCAUGUUUCAUGAACAUGGCAAAAGUUGAUACUGGCACAUUGUUGGAUGAUAGCUGUUUCAGAGGGAAUUUUGGUGGAUGCUUUAGCACAACCUUAGGUUCUGUAUGGCAUGAAUUGGGACAUACAUUUGAUUUAGGCCAUUCAAAAUAUGGCAUAAUGGGACGAGGAUUUGAUAAUGUUCAUUUAAUUUUUACAUUGGAUAAUAAAAACAUUGCUCAAGAAAUAAAGCCUGCCAAUAACGGAUAUAUUAUAUGUAUUGAAAAUUAUUCAAACACAGUUAAUAUGAAGGAUGAUAUGUCUAAUAAUAACAAUACAAAUGAACAUGAAACAAUAGAUGAGUAUGAUUCAAAACAUAUAAUAUGUUGGUCUAUGGGAUGUGCAUCAAUACUUUCAUUUCAUAAAUGGUUUAAUGAUUUUAAUGAAGAAAACAACAAUGAACACACAAUUGAUUAUGUAGCAAAAAGAAAUUUAUUGACUUCAAGAAAUGGCAUAAGAGUGGUCCAAUUAAGGAGAGAGGAUGGUCUCGUCAUGCAUUCUUGGGAAUUUGUUAAAAAUAAUAACAAACGUACAUUCAUUCUUCCAGUGCAGUUAGCAAAUAAUGGUACUACUAUUAUUGCUGAAGAUUCUUAUGGAAAUAUAUUAAAGUAUUUACUGUAACUUGCACUAAAUGUUGUGUAUAAGUUUUAAUUAAUAGUUGAAUAACAUUUUCAAUUUAGUACCUAAUUUAAAUUAAUU